AUGUCAUCCGCCGCCGCCCAAGCCCAACCUCAGCCCGGAUCUCAACCACCAGAAACCCAUGUCGAAGGCAUGCAAUCACCUGUGCAGUCCAAUGACACCAUAGAGUUGCCGGGUUACUUUGAGGAUGUCAAGCUGGACGACCUAGUG